UUGGUUGUAAAUGAGCUGUUUGCUACCUGCUACUGCUCCUUCAGUACCAGCGGUUCAGCAGUAAGUAGUGUGUUUGUGCUGUAGGAAAGAAGAGCAGACUAGAACAUUAGUUUCAUAUGUAUUCUCUCAGUAUUCUCUGUGUGUAACGAGCUUCGUGUAACAGGGAGCUGCUGUCAUGUGUAGCCGGAGCUGAGCUCAGACAAGCGGCUGUGUGCUGCUCUGUGUCGGAGAGAUGAGCUUGUGUCUGCUGGAUGAGGAGAACUUCCAUCAGUGCUGUCAGCUCCUCCUGCAGCAGUCGGAUGAGCUGAGAGACGGCUGGAGCUGGGAGCCAAUCCAGGGCACAGAGGAGGGCUACCUGAGGAAGACUGCUCUCAGAUCAGUCAUUAUUGAUGCAAGCAUAAAGUGGGACCAGGAAGUAUCCAGGUCAGACUCAGAAACUCACACUUCUUGUGACUCUGGGCCUGAUCAACAGGAACAGUGUACUCUGGCUGACAUCAUCACAGGCGACAUAGAUGAAGAUGAUGACGGCGUGUGUGCAGUGUCUGCAGGUAGCAGCCAGGUGCUUCAGUACGAGUAUCACAUCGUGUACUCCUGCAGCUACAGCAGUCCUGUGCUCUAUUUCAGAGCCUUCACUCUCGAGGGGAGGAGUCUGUCUUUAGAGGAGGUGUGGAGCUCUGUCCAUCCAAACUUCAGGCUUCAACUCCAGCACAGCCCUCUGAACACCAUCACACAGCAGGAGCAUCCUCUGCUAGGUCAACCUUUCUUUAUGCUCCACCCCUGUAAAACAGAGGAAUUCAUGAGGCCUGUGCUGCAGGAGGCUCAGGACCAACACAGGACAGUGAACUACGUGUUGACAUGGCUCAGUGUGGUGGGUCCUCUGGUGGGUUUGGACAUUCCUCUGCAGUACUCUGUCCAGCUCCAUCAUGCAGCUUCACCCAGCAGCUCCAAGCCAGACUGACACUCCAGAUGCUCUGCUUCACUCUCUAUCAUCAUGACUGUAGGGGGCCCACAUCUCUUUGUAGAAAGCUCCGGGCCCUUACAGGUUAAUCCAGCCUUGCUCGACAUCAUAGUGUGUACUCAAAGUAUAUUUUCUCUACCUGUUGUUUCCAUCCGUUUUUAAUGACAGGGAAAUCAG